CGGACGGAGAAGUUGGCGCGGUGGGACUGGUGUUGGGCCCGUUCUUCUGGGACCGAGGACUCCGGUCUGUGGCGGAAGGGCCCUUGAACGACCCGUGACACCAGCGGCGGGAACCGGCGAAGGGUGUCGCCAUGGUGAUGGCUGUGGAAGACAGCAUGCGGGUGGUGGUGCGGAUACGGCCCGCCACACCUAAGGAGUUAGAGAGUCAACGGCGGCCUAUGAUUCAGGUGGUGGAUGAGCAGGUGCUGGUGUUUGACCCUGAGGAGUCUGAUGGGGGCUUUCCUGGCCUAAAAUGGGGUGGCUCCCAUGAUGGCUCCAAGAAGAAGGGCAAAGACCUGACCUUUGCUUUUGACCGUGUCUUGGGUGAGGCGGCUACUCAGCAGGAUGUGUUCCAGCACACUACCCAUAGCAUCCUUGACAGCUUCCUCCAGGGGUACAACUGCUCAGUGUUUGCCUAUGGGGCCACCGGUGCCGGGAAGACACACACCAUGCUCGGAAGGGAGGGGGACCCUGGCAUCAUGUACCUGACCACCAUGGAGCUGUACAGGCGUCUUGAGGCCCGCCAGGAGGAGAAGCAAUUCGAGGUGCUCGUCAGCUAUCUGGAGGUGUACAAUGAGCAGAUCCAUGACCUCCUGGAGCCCAAGGGACCACUUGCCAUCCGUGAGGACCCCGAAAAGGGAGUGGUCGUACCAGGACUUUCUUUUCAUCAGCCAGCCUCAGCUGAGCAUCUGCUGGAGAUGUUGACCAGGGGCAACCGCAGUCGCACACAGCACCCCACAGAUGCCAACGCUACUUCUUCCCGAUCUCAUGCCAUCUUCCAGAUCUUCGUGAAGCAGCAGGACCGGGUUUCAGGGCUGACUCAGGCCCUUCAAGUGGCCAAGAUGAGCCUGAUUGACCUGGCCGGCUCAGAGAGAGCUUCCAGAACCCACGCCAAGGGGGAGCGCCUCCGGGAGGGUGCCAACAUCAACCGCUCUCUCCUGGCCCUUAUCAAUGUCCUCAAUGCCCUGGCUGAUGCUAAGGGCCGCAAGUCUCACAUACCCUACCGCGACAGCAAGCUGACCCGCCUGCUCAAGGACUCUAUCGGAGGCAACUGCCGCACAGUGAUGAUCGCCACCAUCAGCCCCUCUGGUCUGACCUAUGAGGACACUUACAACACCCUCAAAUAUGCCGACCGCGCCAAGGAGAUCAGACUCUCACUGAAGAGCAACGUGAUCAGCCUGGACUGUCAUAUCAGCCAGUAUGCCACCAUCUGCCAACAGCUCCAGGCUGAGGUUGCUGCCCUGAGGGAGAAGCUCCAGACAUAUGAGGCAGUUGCCCAGGCCUCGCAACAGUGCGUCCCACCAUCCCCCAAGUUGGACCCACCACAAAACCCUCCUAGUUUUCCUCUACGGCCCCAGCAGCCCUGUACCCCAGAGCUCCAUGCAGGCUGUGAAGCCUCUCAGGAGGGAAGCCUAGGGACCAAGGUCCAGGAACAGAGGGAAGGAAAUUCCUCAGACCUGGAGCAGCCUACUCAGGACCAGGAAGGAGGUGCAGCAGAGGAGGUUCCCACCCAAAUGCCAGAGCCAAGCCUGCCAGGGUCUUCUAGCCUGACCCCUCAGCCUAAGCUGGUUGCAAAUCACGUCAUACCACAGACACUGGACAAGGAUCCCUCGAAGCAGUUGGCCUUCCGGGUGCUGUGCUUGGCCCAGCAGCAGUACUCCCUGUUGCAGGCAGCCAACCUCCUGACUCCUGACAUGACUGCAGAAUUCGAGACCCUGCAGCGGCUCGUGCUAGAGGAAAAACCCGAACCUGGGGCCGAGAUAUCCAGGAUGUCCAAGGGCCCCCCUCUGCCUCAGGAGCUGUGUUCAGAGUCAAAGUCUCCAAGGUACCAGGGCCCUGUGACCCGGACCAUGGCAAAGCAACUGAGUGGCCUCAUGCACACUGUGGGGAUUCCACCUGAGCCUGACUGCACCAAAGCUGAAACAGGCCAGAAGCCCACUGAGAAGAAGAAGAGGAGGAGGCUGAACCCCACAGAGCCAGACAAUCCCCCCGCCCCAAAGCAGGAGAAUAAGCGCCAGCGCCAGUCCUUCCUGCCCUGCCUGAGGAGGAACUCUCCACCUAAGGCCCAGCCUUCGUUUGAGCCCAGCACCCCUAAAAGAGAAAGAGCCUCUUCCACCUGCCAUUCCCCUCGCUUCUGCCCAGAUACAGUCAUAAAGAGUCGGGUGCCCCUGGGCCCUUCUGUUCUGCAGAAUUGCUCCACUCCUCUGGCCCUGCCAGCUCGUGACCUCAACACCACCUUUGAUCUCUCCGAGGACCUUCCCUCCAAACUCAAUUUCCAUGAGCCUGUUGGCUGUGAGAAAGUCCCCCAGGAGCUGAAUAGACUGGAGCAGCCCUCCAUCCCCAGUGCACCUGUGUUCCUGUUCACCAAGCGCCCCAAGCUGCCGUCUUCCCUCCCCGAGACCUCCACCUGCAAGAGGAGGCACGCGGAGAGGUCCUCAAUCUCCCGGGGCCGCAGCCGCAUCGCCCGCCUCUCCAGUAGCACCUUGAAGAAGCCAGCCAGAUCCCUUACCAUCCCGUGUGACUGACAGUGGGAACCACGGUGACAGAUGAAGGUGGGACAGAGUGGGCUGAUACCCAAGUGAGAAGAAGGCCUGGAAUGCUUACCAGCACCUCAGGGACUCUGAUAUGAUUGGUGGAGGAUGGGAUGAGAGGCGAGGGAAACUGGGACAGCUUCAUUUUGUCCUCCCUCCUGUAUCCCACCCACCUGGCCUGCAGAGCCACCCUUUAGUUCCCUCUGCUCUGGUGACCACAGGAUUCAGAAGGAGCUAACUGGGGUUGCAAGAGUGCUGUCAGCUGGGAACUGCAUCAACAAGGUGUCCUGGCCACCACGUGCUCCUGAACAUCAGGCUGGAGACCUUGGUCUGGUCUCUGGAGCUGCCAGGACCAGGAGCCCUGACCUGCCUUCCUCACCUUCAAACAAUUCAUGCCAACACACUUUUCCUAUAUUGAUGCCCCUCUCCAACCAUUCACUGUGCUAUUCUCCCUCUUUAUUAACUUCUGUUACCCUCAGCUUCUCAAUAUACAUAUUAGUUUUGAA